CUCCUGGUGCUGCUUGUGUGCUCACUUAGCGCGGACCUGGCACCUCCUUGGUGAAGUGGUGGCUGAGGAGACUCCGGCGCUCGCCAUGGCCGAGGGAAAGCCCAAGGAAGAAGUCAUGACUGAGAACAAUGAACAUAUUCAUUUGAAGGUGGCAGGGCAGGAUGGUUCUGUGGUGUACUUUAAGAUUAAGAAGCAUACACUACUUAGCAAGCUGAUGAAAGCCUACUGUGAGCGACAGGGACUGGCAGUGACGCAGGUCAGAUUCCGAUUUGAUGGGCACCCAAUCAAGGGGACAGACACGCCGGCACUGCUGGAGAUGCAGGAUGAAGACAUAAUUGAUGUGUUCCAGCAGCAGACAGGAGGCCUCUUCUAA